GGCCGCCUUCCUCGCCCUCCUCACCCUCCUUUCGGGGUGGACCCCAUUCCAGCGCCUCGCAAAUCUGGUUUCCCCAUUCGCAUGAAGCAGCUCCAGGGUAUCCUCGAUUCUCAGGGAGUCUGGCUCACACUUUCCUUCCCAUGAGCCACUUGGAUCACCAUGCCAACAGUGGAGUUCUCUAUGGGCAGCACCGUUUCUAUGAUACCCAGAAAGAAAACUUCUAUAUCCGAGGUCUCCCUUCCCAGCCUCCUCUCAUCUCAGCUAAUCAUGGUCUGCCAUCAAUGUCCAGGGCAGGUUCAGGCCACUCUCAGGGGUCCUGCAGCAGAGACAGAGAUGCAGGUCUACAUAAGAGUCUUAAAGAGGGGUCUGUUGAGAGAGGAGUGGUAUCUGUCAAGGACAAGGAGAGGUCCAGUAGCAAACAGGAGGCAAAGGAGAGACAGCAGCAGCAACAGCACCAUGGCCACCAGCCACCCCAGUCCACACACCACCACCAUUCCCACUUGCAUCAGCAGCACCCGCACUAUCCACAGCACCCACUGCCCCUGGAGGAGGUCAAUAGUCGCGCCCUGGAGAGGCACAAGGCGUCACUCACGAUGGAAUAUAGCAAGGAGCACCCUCAGAAUAUGGGCAAGCCCCUCAGCGCAUGCUUGCACAAUGGCAAGAUGCCAAAUGGCGACGGGGGAACUGGAGCAGGAACUAAAGCCUAGGCCCAGCUGUGGGGGGGAAGGCACGGUCCUUGGGGCUAUGGGGGGUGGGGGGAGCAGCCAGGGGAGACAUAUGGGGUCCAGCGGCAGUAGUCGUUGCACAAAAGAGGGGGUAAGUGGGGAGAUGAGGAUCAGUGAACAACCUUCAGACUGUCUGGAAAGGGGUCAGGCACAAUUCCACCACUCUCUGUCCUACUCUGUGCCUCCACCCUUACACAUGGGUUCUACUGCUGGUGGGACACACCCACAUCCUCAUGCUCACCCCCAUACACAUCCACACCCAGGGAGCUUCCACUGCCUUCAGCUUCACCCCAGCCACCCGCACCACCCACAUCAUUCCCACCAUACACACCACCACCCAGAUUUCUUCUGCCCACCCCCUUCAGCUCCUCUAGCCAACCCUGCCUCACAUGACAGGGGGCCUGCCAAUGUUGGGCGGGAACCUAAAAUCACAGGCCCCACAUUUGUACCUUCUGUGGCAGAACUGGGAGAGAAAUCGAGUGGGCCAUUCCAGCUUGGUAACCCUGACUGCCAGGGUGGGAGCAGUGGAGGGGGAGGCGGCAAUGCCAAGGACAAGGUAAUAGAAAAAAAUGGAGGCAGUGGGCACCAUAGUAGUUGGCACAGAAAGCAGCAGCAACAACAACAGCAACAGCAGCACCCAUACAGAAAGACGGAGAAGGCUCCAGACUGGAUGCAGUCUCACCACCAACACCUUCAGCCCUCACAGCUUCCACCAGCUCCCCAACAGCAACAACCUCCGCACCCCCAACAGCAGCACCAGGUUGUACGAUCACGUAGUGCCGAGUGUAUCAACAGUGCUGUGGACAUGGAUGUGUUCAGACCCUCACUGCCCCAGGGGCCUAAGGCUGGACAUUCUGUCCCUCAUUCUGUCAACACUUCUCCUUACAGAGAUUGUUCCCAUUCAGGACCCCCACCUAACUCCUCCCCAAUUGGAAAUAAAAGCAUGAGUCAGCAUAGUGGGGCUGGGGCAGGCCAUGGCCCUGGUACUGGUGGUAGCUGCUCCUUGCAGAGAGACGGCCAAAAGGUAGCCAGGAUACGCCACCAGCAACAUGGCCAACCUGGCCCAGAUGCCCCUUCCCCUGCAGACUUGAACCAGGGUACUAGUCAGGAGCUGAAAAGAAAAAUGGACAUGUCUCCUUAUGGUUACAGCAGUGGGCAGCAUCACCACCAACAGCCCACGGUGCCACCCUGGGCUAUGAGGCCUCCUCACCACAUGUCACAACCCGAAGAAGAACAGAGGAAAUCUUACAUGGAGUUAGGAAGCGCUGGUGGGCAACACUCCCAGCAGCAACCUGGAAUGAGCCUGCCUCCCCCCCAGCCUCCACCUGCACCUCUACUCAGUCAGCAACAGCAGCAGCCGCAGCAGCAACCUGAGUCCCAGGGUCCAACUCAGGGGGAGAGUAGUGCCAUGAAAAGUUUAUUAAAGUACAGCAACCAGCAACAGCCACUGCUCCUCUCCCAGAAAAGCCCAUUUGGUGGCCUGGGGAGCCUCAAAUCAGGUCCUGCUGGGGGGAGCUGUGCCCUGCAGGGCAACAAACAGAAUCUACCUUCCAGGAAGGGCCCAGCUAAUGACAACGAGCGCCCUGAUUACAGUGGGCGCAGCCGAGACAUGGGGGAAGCAGGUCACGGGGAAAGUGAGGUGCGACAGCCACCAGUGGGGAUUGCAGUGGCGGUGGCCAGACAGAGGGAGCCACCUUGUCGUUCAGCAGAUAGUCAUCCCAACAGCCGGCAGGGCAGGGUACAUCCCUCUGUCAAAGGACCCCCACGCCCCAUGUAUCCUUCAGAUCCCACCACCGAGGACGAGAGGAAGCGGAUGAGCGGGGAACAGAUAGCUCUGACUUGCUUGGACAGAGAGAGAGAUGCAUACAUCAGGGAUAAUAAGGAAAGGGUAGAGUUUGCAAGGAUCCACUCCUCCAACAGCUGUCACGGAGACCUCACCUCUCAUCUCAUGGUCCCAGGUGGGACCUCCCUCCAGUCUAGCCAAUUAGGAGAUCCUGCGGCACAUUCUGCUCACCAUCACUGGAUGCCAAGAACUGGAAGCCCAUCUCUCUGGAUGACAGGACACUCAUAUGCAGGUAUAGGUCAUACAGCCUUGCAUCAGAACCUUCCCCCAGGAUUUUCUGCAGCCAUGCCAGGCCCUCUGCAGCCGGUCCUGCCUCUGCCUCAAGACCCCUCUGCCCAGCUGGUGGUCCUGCCCACGGAGCCUCCUGCACAUCCUGUAACCCAUCACCUGGACGUGAUGGAGCAGCCAGGGCUGUGGCCUCCUGUGUAUGGUGCCCGGGGCCCACCCUCCCACAUGCAACAUCCUGCUGUGUACUCCCGAUCACAGUUUCUACGGCAACAGGAGCUGUACGCGCUUCAGCAGCAUCAACAGCUCCAGCAUCAGCAUCAGCACCAGAGCUACCAGUCACAGCAGCCACAACCACAGUCUCAGCCUCAGCAGCAGCAGCAGCAGCUCAGAGCCGACAUGCAACAUCAGGCCACUCAUAAUGCACAGAUGCAGAAGCGGCCAAAUGAGCCCUCAGUUGAACUAGAGGAACUCAUUUUGGAACCCAGAACAUCUAAACCUGCCAAGCCCUAUUCUUACAACCCACCUCAGAGGAACACCUCUCCCCCUGGGGACUGCACUGCUCACCUGUCCCCUUGUUGCCAGUCCCCUUCACUGCGACAACAUCCUAAAAGCACUCCUUCAACACCCUGCCCUGCUCCCAGCCCUGCCGCUGCAGCCCCUCACUCACCUGCUAUCAGUCCAACCCCACCUCAGAUGCCAAAGGGGGGUGAAACCCAAGACAACAGGGUAGAGGGACAGCCCCCACAGGAUUACCCAGAGUCUCUGGAGCCUGACUUGCCUCCUGGAUACACCUAUCCUGCCAUUGCCAUGGGCUACAGGAGCGGGCCCUCCCCCCAGGAUGUUCGACUGGCUGAGCCAGCCGACCUGGAAGCAGUCCAAGUAGAGCCUGUUGAGCAUGCUCCCCAGUCUCUCUCCAACCUCAGAGAGACGCUAGACUGUCAAGCUGUGGUCAGGCCCCUCCCAGAGCCACUCUCACCUGAAGGAGUGGAGCAGGAAGAGGAGGACAGGCUGGCUGAUAGAAUUCUGGAACAGCGGGAGGAGGUAGAGGUAGCAGAGGUGACAGCAGCCACCUAUGUCCCUGGAGAGGAGGAGGUGGAGGAGGAAGGACCUGCUGAGGAAGAGGUGCUGGUUUGCCCCCCUUCUGAUAGCCCAGUGUGUGAGGCUGCCUCCUAUCUAGUCCCCCUUUCUACAAAGGAGCCUGAAAGGUCAGAAGCUGUCAUCACCUUGGACGAUGAAGAGGAUGAUGAGGCGGCGGGUGAGGAGAGCCAGGUGGAGCAUGCUCAAAAUGUCAGCAUGCCUGGCGAGCAAGAGCCAGAGCUGCCCACCAUCAUUGAGCUUGACCUUGCUUCCCCUGCAGCCCCUGAUUCACAGUCCCCAGAACUCGAGGGAGCAAAGGAUAGCAAGCAGCAGCAGCAGCAGCACAAGAACAAGAGGACCCCUGAUGAUGCCUCAGUGGAUUUUGUAUGUCUUUCCCCUGCUUCAGCUUGUGCCCCUAGCCCAAGCCAGGCAAAUGUUACCGUGCCCCCCAGACCUCUUGUGCCCUGCUACUGGAGUCUGGAACUGCUGAUUGCUGCUGCCUUCUGCACAGACGUACCUCCAUUUCCCUUGUUCCCUUUUAGCACCCGAUCAAUUGGCCCAUCACAACGCAACCCCCACCAGGGUAUGGAGCUUUUGAGUGAGCUGGCAGAUCUGGAGCUGCAACAGCAAAAGCACACCUGUGGAAAAAGCCAGGAAGAGGAGUUGCUAAUGUUUGACCUCCAGAGCCUCGCUACCCUAGCCACAGCACGUGCACUAGAGUUGGGCUCCCAGGAAGGCAGCAGCGUGGGUUCAGGACGACACUUCCCAGCUCGCAAGAUCCUCAAUUUACGCAGAAAAUGUAGCUGGACGCCUCGCAAUGAACCAGUGUGCCCGGCCAAGGGUAGUAUGGAAACAAUGGAAGGUCCUGAGCUUGCAAUGCGUGUGAAGUUGGCUGAGCUACAACGUCGCUACAAAGAGAAGCAAAAGGAGCUGGCAAAACUUCAGAGGAAACAUGAUCAUCACAGGAAGGAGGAAACACCUCGCAGCCCUGCGCGACGAGGACCAGGGCGGCCAAGGAAGCGGAAACCAACCCUCACUACGGGUCCAGUGUCCUCAUCUGAGGGGCAGAGAAAAGUGAAGUCGAUGGGGACAGGGUUAGUCCUGUCACCUGAGGACCUUGGAGGGAGCGGAGACAGCCAGAGAAGUAAGAAGAAGCUGUCCAGUCGAAGCUUUGAGCAACUCAGCAGUGCCCAGCAGAUAAAAUCGCAGGGUUGCAGAAAAAGCAGUCUUCAUAGCAUCCUCAGCUCCAAGCUGCCAAGUGAUGUGACUCAACUCAAACAGAAGGCCCAGGGUAAAAAGAAUAUCUCAGGGUCAGGGUCCAGAGACAAGGAAGUUUCACCCUGCAACUCCAAUCCCAAAUAUGGACACAGAACUCAGGGCACAGGCAAAGCCGAGUCCCGGCGUGAGUCUGGUGGACAAAGCGACACAGCAGCCAGUGUAGACAGUGGCCCCCAGGAGAGCUGGACUGGACUGGUGCAACGUGGAUGUAAAAAGGGAUCCACCGCCCUGUCCCAGGGUUUGUCCUGUCUGAGUCAGCCCAGAGCGAGGGCUCUCCGUGGCCAGAAGCAGGAGGCACUGGAGGAGGGAGAGAGCUCCCCUGCAGAGAGUGACUCCUCUGAUCAAGAUGAUGAAGAGGAGGACGGAAGUUAUGACACUGAUGAAGGUCAAGACUACAAAGCCCAGGCCCCCAGAGAUGUCACCCCUAGCUCCUCCGUGACAGGUCCAAGUCCUUCAUCUAUUGUAAAACUGGAGGCCAAUCAGAAAGCCAGGAACAAGAGACAGAGACAGGAGCUCUAUGGAUCCCAGAGUCUGUCUGGAACAGAGGGGGAGGUCAAAGUAAGGAAGAAACCACCCUGUAGAAUGGGCCCGACUGCUGCAGUGAAAAACCACAGUGAAGAUCAGUGGACUGAAGGGGUUAGAAGGCCAUGCGGACCCAGGUCAAAGGAGCCCCGGUGGGGCAGCCUUGGGGCCAGAGGCAACCGCUACCGGAGGAGCGUGGGACUGGCCACCUUCCCGACCACCAGUGAAAGACUAAAGAGGGCGACUCGCAAAAGCACUGUGUUGAGAGGAGCAAUCAAUAAGAGGAGAAGUUCCUGGUCAGUUGGGGCCCCAUCCUCACAAAAUGAGGAGGAGAGCAGGGGCAGACGGAGCAAGGGCCAACAGCCAAAGGGACGAGCGGUGAGUCGGCUGCUGGAGAGCUUUGAGGCUGAUGAGGGCUUUCAGAUGGAUGGCAGCAGCUUCUCAGAAGAAGAGGAGCACAGCAGCUGUUCAUACAACAGCAGAAGCCCUGGGGUUCCUAGUUGUGUCCUGACCAAAGAACUCUUAACUGAUGGACUGAAGGUGCUGAUCUCCAAGGAGGAUGAGCUUCUCUAUGCUGCCAGGGUCCACACUCUGGAGCUCCCUGACAUCUUUAGCAUUGUUAUCGAUGGUGAAAGAGGAAACCGCCCAAGAAUCUAUUCACUGGAGCAGCUGCUACAAGAAGCUGUCUUGGAUAUACGUCCAGAGUCAGAAGCUCUGCUCAGUGAAGGAACCAGGGUGUGUGCUUACUGGAGCGAACGCUCACGCUGCUUAUACCCAGGCUACGUUCGCAGAGGAGGUUCAUCUGAAGAAGGGAAGCAAGGAGGAGUGAUGGUAGAGUUUGAUGAUGGAGACCGAGGGAAGAUUUCUCUUUCAAACAUCCGCCUCCUGCCUCCAGGAUACCAGAUUCACUGUGGAGAACCAUGUCCUACCCUGCUGGUACCCACUGGGACAACAUCCAAGAGAGGCUCCAGUCUGGAGCAGGCCCCCAUCAGUGACAGAUCUGACAGACUUAACACUACCAGUACACCUAAGAGCCAAACACUAACUGUUCACAAAAGAAGACCAGGGCGACCAAAGGGCUCUGGGAAAAAACAAAAGCAGCAGCAGGCUGAAAAUGCCAAUAAGAAUCUUUCACCUUUUCUGGGUUGGCCUUCAUUGGCCAACACCAGGAAGAGGAUGUCCGAUGAUCUAUUUCAGCAUAAUGGGGCACCCAGGAAAGUAAUGAGAGGGAAGGAGGAUGACCUGUUCCAUUUGCCUCUGACCCAGCCACUGGCCUCUAUCCCAGCCAAGGGUCUUUUCAGCAGCAGCUCCUUUGAGGUAGACUCUUUCAGCAGCAUUGCCAAUGGCUACUCCCCUUUCUGUGCGCAGCCCACAACACCAAGUCCUGGUUUAUCUCUGGGCCCCAGAAGCGGGUUGUAUAGCCACAAGCGCAGGCAAGAUGACCUGGUCAUGCCAAAAGGCAGGAAGUCUGGACAAGAGUUUCUGGUCAAGUUAGAUCAUGAAGGAGUGACCUCCCCCAAGACAAAGAACAGCAAGGCACUGCUUUUGCGAGGCGGCUCUUCCAGUGUGAGUGGUAUGCCCAGGAUAGAGGCCUACUCUCACCCAGUGCUGCUGGUUAAAGACAACAAAAAGGGUGGUGCCUCUAGGGUAGAACUUCUCCUGAAAGGAGCCACACCCCAAAGAAAGUCCUCCCCUUUGCAUUUGGGGGAAUAUGGUGACCUAGGCUUCAGCUCCCACCGAGAGUGUCACAGCUCCUACUCUGAUCUGGAUGAUGAAGAGGAAGAAGAGGAGGAAGAGAGGAGGACUGCACUGUCUGCAGCCUCAGGAGGACUAAGGACAGCUGGCCACUUCCUCUCUCGUCUCUCUGUCUCUUCCUUCUCUUCUGGCUCUUCCAGCUCCUCAUCUUCAGGAUCUCUCUCCAGCUCCAGUUUGUGUUCCUCUGACAAUGAUUCAUCCUACAGCUCAGAGGAUGAGGACAGUUCUACACUGAUGCUGCAGAGUUGUCUGUCUUCCCAUCGGGGGCUCCUGCAGCCAUCCGAACCCUCCACAUCUUCAAGGCUGCACCAGCAUUCCUUUGUAGCCAAAGCUGUGGCUGUUUCCAAUGCAAAAGGAGGUCCUCAGGAUCAGGUCUCCAACAGCAAGUCUUUGAAAAGGAAAGAAUGCACUAGCUCCACCUCUAAACCAUCUAAAGAAUUCCUGAAGAAACCUAGAAUGCUUCCAGAUGACACCUCAUUUAUUCCAAGGCCCAAGAUGUCUGCAUUCCUUGCAGGACGACAAAUGUGGAGAUGGUCAGGAAACCCUACACAGAGACGUGGUCUAAAGGGCAAGGCCAGGAAGCUUUUCUAUAAGGCUAUCGUACGAGGCAGAGACACAGUAAGAGUGGGGGAUUGUGCUGUGUUCCUGUCAGCUGGACGCCCUAACCUUCCAUAUGUAGGUCGAAUUGAGAACUUAUGGGAAUCCUGGACCUCCAGCAUGGUGGUCAAAGUCAAGUGGUUCUACCACCCUGAAGAGACCAAGCUAGGCAAGAGGCAUCGAGAUGGAAAACAUGCCCUGUACCAGUCAUGUCAUGAGGAUGAGAAUGACGUCCAGACAAUCUCUCAUAAGUGCCAGGUGGUGAGCAGGGAGGAGUAUGAGCAUCUGACUCGCAAUCAGAAGUCGAACAGUACCUCCUCAGACCUCUACUACCUGGCUGGGACAUAUGACCCCACCACUGGUCAGCUGAUGACUGCCGAAGGGGUCUCCAUUCUGUGCUGAACCUCCACAAGGACACUACUGAAAGGACUCUUCUUGGAGUAUGAUAAAAGUCCAUGGCUUUACGUACAAGAACGUCCACCCUUGGUAGAUGACUAGUGUCCCUUGGGUAUGCCUCAAUGACUACAUGUCUGAGGUUACACGCUGGAGUCUAUUGGCGUUUAACAUCUGUGGGAGUGAAGGGGAUGUCCAUAACUGGUUGAUCCUUUCAAGAAGAAUAGUACAAAGUCUGGGUCUUCCUGGACAUCA